AUGGCGACUUAUGGUGAGCGAGCUUUAAAAUUUCGUAACGAGACGGCAAGAAAAUUAUUUGAAGUAGUAGAGCGUAAAAAAACCAAUUUAAGUUUAGCGCUUGAUGUUACUACAAAAAAACAGUUUCUUGAGGUGGUUGAUAAAGUUGGACAGUAUAUUUGUUGUUUGAAAACACAUAUUGAUGUUAUAACAGAUUUCGAUCAAGAUCUAAUUGAUCAAUUACAAAAGUUAAAAGCUAAACAUGAUUUUUUGAUUUUUGAAGAUAGAAAAUUUGCAGAUAUUGCAUCAUCAUCAAGUCCUAAAUGUCUUAACAACAAUACUCCUGAAAGAAUAAAUGCUGUUGGGUUGGCUUUAUUAUCUCCUUGA